UUUGUCUUACUACUAUUCCAAAUUAUGUAGCGAACAUGAAGUAUGGUACUACUGGGACUUCCCCUGUUAUUUUUAAACCAAAUUACAUCACUCUACUGACUUUACCCUGCAAUAUCAUAUGCACGUAAAAUCAACGCGUUUAACUAUUGAAAUUCUUAAUGCUUGUGUGAAAAGCUAAAAAGCUCUGAUGCGUUUAUGUAAAUGUUGUUUUUACGUCUUAAGAAUUUGAAAUGUGAGAGGAAUUCAAUAUUCAAUAUAUAAUACACAAUUUGUCUAGAAUGUACAUUUAAAAUAAAUACGUAGUCUUUUUUGGUACAUGUAACUUCCGGUUAUAUAUGUCUACCAACUCGUCUGUUGUGUUGUAGCUGAAAUUUUGUCGAAACCUGGUCAUUUUAACGCGAAAGGACUGCUUCAUCAGCCAUUUUAAAGAGGUCAAAUGUUUGAAAUGAGAAAUCGUUUUGAAAGCAGAAAUUACUUUUGGUAUAAUGACGUUGAACUUGGUCAUGGUGCUACCAGUCGUGUUUUUCGAUGUCAGCACAAGGAAACAGGGAAGGACUUUGCUGUCAAAAUCUUUAGUAUUCAAGGGAUGAAUCGUUAUGAAUAUCAAAUGAAGCGAGAACUUGAUGUACUCAAGAAAUUGAUGGAUUGCAACCAUCCGAAUAUCGUCAAAGUAAUUGCAAUUGAGAAGGAGAUGAAGCUCAAUGAGCAUGCCAUAAUAAUGGAAAAUUGUUCUGGGGGAAGUCUUUUUCACAUGCUGGAGAGACCUGAAAAUUCUUUUGGCUUUGAAGAAAAUGAUUUCAAACAAGUUGUCUUCGAUGUUGUGUCAGGAAUGAAAUAUCUUACGGAGCAAGGACUGAUUCAUCGCGAUAUAAAACCUGGAAAUAUUUUGAGAUAUAUCAAAGACGAUGGCAGUUCCAUUUACAAAUUGACUGAUUUCGGCGCUGCAAGAGAACUGGGACCUGACGAACUAUUCACAUCAGUUUACGGCACGGAAGAAUACUUGCAUCCUGACGUUUACGAAAGAGGAGUACUUAAAAGACAGGCCCCUAAACAAUUUGGAGCUAAUAUUGAUCUUUGGAGUCUUGGUGUUACUUUCUUUCAUGUUGCCACGGGCAAACUGCCUUUCAGAGCUUUUCAGAGUCGUGUGAACCGACUGAAGAUGUAUGAAAUCUUGACUAAGAAAAAACCCGGGAUUAUUUCGGGAAUUCAAAAAGACGAUAAUGGUCCUGUUGAGUGGAGCGAUAGACUGCCAGAACACACAAGACUUUCUCAAGGCCUGAAGGAGAUUCUUGUGAAAAUUCUGGCCCGACUUCUCGAGGCGGACGUGGAAAAAGGAAUGAAAUUCAAUGAACUUUUUGAUGCUGUUGAGAAUAUCAAAGCAAUGAAGGUAAUCCACGUAUACAGCCUGCAUUCAGGAACAUUUUAUACUAUUUACGCGAAUCCCAAUGACAACUUUGCUCGUUUUCAAGAGCUUGUGGCCAUCCAGACAGGAGUUGGCGCUCGUCAACAGGACUUGUUUUUCAAUAAUGACGUUUUCAAACCUUCUCCAAUGGAAACCGUGUCUUCUUAUCCGCUGACAAAAGUAAAUCAACCUGUUCUUGUUCUUGGCGGCAAUAUGGUACCCUCGGAAAAACUGUUCACUCAACUUGAUCUGAAGACGACAAAGUUUACUAAACCUUUUACUUUGAAUGAUUUGCAACAAGAUCAUACUGUCAGCAAGAUUACAGCAAAGAGCAUCUAUCGUUGUUUGUACGACGUUAAGAAUCUUGAGCUAUCGACGGAACUGAUGUUGGCCGCUGCUGAUAAUGUCGUUAUGUUACUGAGAAGGAAGGCAAAGAAGUAUUUGGAUAGUGCCAAAGCAAUCGAGAAUCAUUGCCAGUGUAUUGUGAUGAAACAUAAAACACUUCUCAACGGUUGCGAUUUUGAAGUGGAAGUCUUGCAGACAUUGGGUGAUGAUAAAGAUAUACCUGAAAAAAUUGUGAACGAGUUAAAGAUUUUAACGAAGGAGACGGAAAGUUUCAAAACAAAAAUGGAAGCGCUUCAAAUGCAAAUGGCUGAACCAUUGAAGCUGUUACAAACGACCGCGCAAUCUCUUCUGCUAGAAAACGAACUGACGAAACUAUGGGAGAACAUGAACAAUGUCGGCGAGGCUAAAAAUUAUACGAAGAUCGUCGAGACGUACGCCCUAAAGGUGGAGAAAAUCGUGUAUAGUUUUGGUUGUCGUUCUCAAAGAAAACACCAAUGUGUACAAAGUGACUUAGAAGAUCAUAAAUUUGAAAGAUUGCGUCUUCUGGAAUACUUCGAAAAAGCCAAAGAAGUGUUGGAGGAGUGUCAACUGAGGCGACAAACUGUGCACGACAACUUUAAGAAAUGGCUAGAAACUGUUUUUGAUCGCCGAAGUAACCUGAAAAAAAGGCGAGAAGAGUUGGAAUCCUUCGCCGACAUGUUUUCUGCUCUUUCUGUUAGCGAAGAACAGUGGCGGGCCAAUCACAUGACUAGGAUGAAAAACAUCUUGAGCGAGGUUCGUUCCCAGGUUCGUCGUGCAAUCAGCGUGCAAAGCAAUUCAUCUGACCAGCAGUAUGUCGACAAAGACGAUUUGCCGAACGGACGAAAGGGGGCGGAAAUCAGAUCUGUUUUCAUUGAGGACAUAAAUGAACAAUUGCUUCAACUAUCAACAGAGACACACGAAGCUAAAAAACAAUUGCAACAAGGAACGGAGACUUUUCAAAAAUUUGUCCAAGAUCUUUUGGAUGAGCUUGGUAAGAAGAAGAAAGAAGCUGACGAUUUGUGAAGAUUUGAUGUAACACAGCGAUGAGUAAAACAUGAAAAUAUUGUCUAUAUAUUGUACAAUGGAAUAAUAAUCUUUGUUCAGUUAAAUGUUACGUAUGGAUAGAGAAAUAAUUAGGUUGUUUUCGGACCAUCUUUGUUCGAAGUUUGUGAUUUGACGUGUAUAAUAUACAUAUGGUUUUAAUAGUUAUCAUCAAUUAAAUCAAAUUUUUAACAUUUUA